AUGUCCGACACAUCGCAUGCGACGCUGGUGAAGUAUGAGACGCCUGUGCUGCUCUCUGAGGUGAAGCGCCGAAAGGCGAUAAAGGAGAAAAAGAAGGAAACACUUGGGCCGCAGCUCGUCCCGCAGCCGGAGGAUGUCUUGUACAGCAUCAUUCCCCCGCGCGAAUACGAGGAGGGCGGCGAGCGCUGGGUGCAGUUUGUCUCCAGCACCCCCGCAACGCGAUUAGAUGUAAUUAACCUGCAGGAACGACUGGAUGCUCUGCUGCAGGAGCGGCAGGCGCGGGAGACGGGGAUUUGCCCGGUGCGCGAGGAACUUUAUCGCCAGGUCUUUGAGGAGCUGAUUCGCCAGGUAACCGUGAACUGCGCUGAGCGUGGGCUGCUCCUGCUCCGGGUGCGGGACGAGCUUCGCAUGACGCUUGACGCCUACCGUUCGCUCUACGAGAGCAGCGCCGCCUACGGGAUGCGCAAGGCGCUUCAGGCGGAGCAAAGCAAGAUAGAGAUGGAGGCGCGCAUCCGCGCCCUGGAGCGCGAGAAGGAGGACCUGAAGCAGAAGGUGGAUGAACUAGAGGCCCGCUGUGACGCCAUACGAGAGCAGGAGGAGGAGCGUCGCGCGGAGGAGGAAAAGAAGCACAACGAGGAAGUUGCCUUCUUCCGCCGCACCUACCAAACACUCACGGCGAACCUGCAGACGGUCUGCAACCCGACAAGGACGUAG